UUCCCUUAGAGUUCAAUGAAAAAAGUCAAAGAAUUGCUCUGAGGCACAUAGUCACCCUGAUUAAAUCACAUUUGGUGAAUGUGGAGAAUUUCUCUGAAAGAAAAUGCUUGCAACCUUGUCAGUUCAGUAAGAAAUUUUAAAAUAAAGGUGGAAUUCAGGAUCAAUUAGAUGGUUCCACUAAUUUCAGAAUCAUUAACUGCUUUGGAGUCAUAAACUAAACGUUGGCUUUACCAGUGUUGAAUUUGACCUGAUAGGGAGCUGUAUUGCUGAUGCUACAUUCUUCAUAAUGAAGAUGCCAACAGGAAUACUUGCUUUGGUUAAACUACAGUCUAUUCUCACAAAGGAUCGCUGAGAAUGCGAAAUGUGCCUUUAUAGUGGGAAAGAAAGAUCAGAAAAGAAGAUUUCUCUACAAUGAAUUUAAAAGAAACCUGUUUGAGUCUCAUGAUUUGAAACACACAGCUACUUUGCCAUGAUGACGAAUACUUCUGAAGAUAUAAAUUCACAGUUGUCAACAAUCCAAAAUUCAAUGGAAUUAUCUGCGAACUCAACAGUGCAAACCUCGAAGCCCGCUGCUAACUCGAAACAUGUGUAUAUUCCUGUAUAUGUAAUUAUACCACUGGCGAUUGUGACAUUAAUUGCCGUUGUUCUUUAUUUCAGAUUAAGAAAAAGAAGAAAAGACGUUGUCAUUGGGGGAGAAAAGAAGAUUCCAAAUGGUAUUUUAGAAGAACAAGCAGAGCAACAGACAGUGAUGUUACUCAACAGAUCUCCCACAGUUUCAAAGUGGUAUCCCCCCAUUCCGUUAGAAGCUUUAGAACAUGAAGUCCAGAAACGCUCAGCUGAUGAUGGCAAACUAUUUCGGGAGGAAUUCAAUUCUCUGCCAAUUGGAACAUUAGGAUGCUGCGAAUCAGCAAAUAGAGAGGAGAACAAGGACAAAAAUCGUUAUCCCAACAUCUUGCCGGAUGACAAUUACAGAGUGAUUUUGACAACUGUCGAUGGGGUACCAGGCUCGGAUUACAUUAAUGCUUCAUAUGUUGAUGGUUAUAAAGUGAAGAAUAAGUUCAUAGCAGCUCAAGGCCCCAAAGAAGAGACUGUUUCAGAUUUCUGGCGAAUGAUAUGGGAACAGAAAUCUGCUACUAUUGUUAUGUUAACAAAUGUAAAAGAGAAGAAGGAGGAAAAGUGUUACAAGUACUGGCCUGACCAAGGUUUGUGGACCUAUGGAGCAAUCCGGGUAUCAGUGGAAGAUGUCACAGUCCUUGUGGACUAUACCAUUCGCAAGUUCACCAUUCAGAAUCAAAGAGUGGGCAACAAAUCUCCAAGACUAAUAACACAGCUUCACUUCACAAGCUGGCCUGAUUUUGGUGUACCAUUUGCACCCAUUGGCAUGCUUAAAUUUCUGAAGAAGGUUAAAAUGGUGAAUCCUUCCUAUUCAGGACCUAUUGUGGUUCAUUGCAGUGCUGGUGUAGGCAGAACAGGAACAUUCAUAGUUAUCGAUGCUAUGAUUGAUAUGAUAUAUGCAGAGCAGAAAGUGGAUGUCUUUGGUUUUGUGUCAAGAAUUCGUGGUCAGCGUUCACAGCUAGUUCAAACUGAUAUGCAGUACUCCUUCAUUUAUCAAGCUCUGCUUGAACAUUACUUAUAUGGUGACACGGAGCUGGAUGUGAGCUCUUUGGAGAAGCAUAUACAGAAGCUUCACAGUAAAGCAGGACAGUUUGAUGUCACAGGCUUAGAAGAAGAGUUUAAUAAAUUAACUACUGUCCGAAUAAGGAAGGAGAACAUGAGAACAGGAAAUAAGCCAGUAAAUAUGAAAAAAGCCAGAGUUCUUCAGAUCAUUCCUUAUGAUUUCAACAGAGUUGUUCUGCCCAGGAAAAGAGGACAAGAGUUCUCUGAUUAUAUCAAUGCUUCAUACAUUGAUGGUUACCGGCAGAAGGAUUAUUUUAUUGCUACUCAAGGCCCAAUUCCAAAUACAGUGGAGGAUUUUUGGAGAAUGGUUUGGGAUUGCAAAUCUCAUACCAUUGUGAUGCUCACAGAACUCAGAGAAAGAGAGCAGGAAAAGUGUUCACAGUAUUGGCCAUCAGAGGGCACUGUAACAUAUGGAGCCUACACAAUAGAACUGAAGAAUGACCAUUUUUCUGAUGCUUUCAGUAUCAGGGACCUUACUGUCACAAAUGCCACAGAAAACAAGGGCAGGAUAGUUCGACAGUUCCACUUUCAUGGCUGGCCUGAGAUUGGCAUUCCAGUGGAAGGUAAAGGAAUGAUAGACCUGAUUGCAGCCGUCCAGAGACAGCAACAACAGUCCGGCAAUCAUCCGAUCAUAGUGCACUGCAGUGCCGGUGCUGGCAGGACAGGCACAUUUAUUGCAUUGAGUAAUAUUCUGGAGCGAGUGAAAGCCGAAGGCCUUCUAGAUGUUUUCCAAACUGUCAAGAGCCUCCGAAUGCAACGGCCACAUAUGGUGCAAACACUGGAGCAGUACGAUUUCUGCUACAAAGUGGUUCAAGAUUUUCUAGACAUACACUCCGAUUAUGCCAACUUCAAAUAAGUGUUUGCCUUACCGUUUUUUUAUCUUUUCAAUUGUUAGCUGACAGGCCAGUAAAGCAUCUUUUGUACAUUAAAUUAUCAAGAAUUUAUUUUGUAUUUUGCUAUGCACUUGUUGUCUAGAAGAAUAUUCCUACUAAGUUGAAGGUCAUUUAUUGUCUUGUGACUGUGCUUUUGUGUAUUUAGGUUACAAUAAUUGGGGAGUCAUGCAUCUGUUACGAGUCAUUCAAUAUUUUUAACUGAAUGACAAAAUGGAGUACAUGACAAAAUGGAGUACAUUUACCAUAUCUCACUCACUCCUAAAAGAACUUUAUUUAAAAAGAAAUAUUUUAUAUGUCAUCAUCAGUUACAUUUUGUUUCAAAUCUUGAAUGUACAUAAGAUUGAGUCGGAUUGACUGAAGAAAAAUCCUUACUUGCUUUGUGAAAAUGCCAACAAUGUUUGACCCCCUCAAAAGUGUUACAAAAUGUGAAUUUAUACUGUGCAUUGGAGUUUGCAUUAUUUUCAAAAGGUUGGGUGUAAACCAUAUAUAAUAGAUAUAUUUUUAUAUGAAAAGUUUACAGUGUUAUAAUGUUAGUUGUAUAUUGUGCAUUUUGACAUUGUUUUGGCUUAACUAAAAUGUUUGUUUUUAAAAAUGCUUAAUGACAAUACAUUGUUGUCCAAAAGUUACUCUUUUUUUUCUCAUCUAUUUAUUUUAAAUUUCUUGUGCUCCUCCACACCCCACAGAAAUAACCUGGGUCAGCACUACAUAACGAUCACACCUCCUUCUCCCUGUAAUAGUGACCCCUCCAUCCACUUGCUGUUGGCAAGGACAGCCCAACAUUAACUAGCCUUAGUCUGGCAAAUGUACACCAAAACACCUGUUUAGCUUCCUGCAUGGCAUUGGUCUGAAGUAAAAUCCAUCUGUGGCUGUUUUUAAUCCUUAUUGCUACAUAUGGUGGGGGAAAUAUGUAGCUCCAUUUCUAACAGUGCAGUACAGCCCAUGUUUAUUCCCAGGGGCCAGACACUGGUGAAGACCACUACCUACAGAGCCCACAUGGUGUUCCUCAAUGAAGAAAGUUGCUUUAAACACACAAGAAGCAGCCUGUGAUGCUGCCUGCAACAGGAGAAUCGGCUUAAUUCUGCAUAGCUUAUGCAAACCAAUCAAAUUACUACCCCACAGAACUUAAGGCAUGUUUUAAGUAAAUAUGAAACACUUAAUACAUAUAAACUUGGUAUGUUUAUUAAAAUAAUAUUUCUGUGACAUUGAUAUGCUGGAAAAGGAGUAAGUGGUGCUCAUUUGAUUCACAAAUCCAUAUUUUUGCCUGUGGAAUGAGAAUUCUUCCAAUAAAAGUUGUAAAAAUGCGGUAGGUUUAUGAGCAUCUGAAAGAGAUAGCAAAUCUGUUUCUUAGAAGCUUUACUGCCUGAGCAGUUUCAGUAUGUAAAUCGGGUUUUAUUGAACAGACACAAUCAUUUUCGGUAUUAAGAGAGAGUGAAGAAAUAAUCUGACAUGUUUACAGUUGAUGAAAAAUGCCAAUUUAAAGAAUGAUAUGUGCAGUUGCCAAUUAUUUAGUAUCACAUCAAGUUAUAGCUGACAUGGAUGAAACUGAUUUCCAUUUAGGUCCGUACAAAUAUACUCAAAAUAAAAUGAAGAUAAAAUAGAAAUGAAGUGAAGAUAAAGCUGGAAUUAAAUUCUUCUUUGUUUUGGACUGCUAGAAAUGUGGAAAAAAUGCUGACCUACAGAAACAAAUACUUAACAAAACUGAGAGGUUGUUUUCACUAGUGCAUAUUGUCACCGAAUUGAAGUUUCUCGAUUUCCCCUGGCUGGGGAAAAAAAUACACAGGGGUGCAGUCCCGGGAUAAGGGACUAAUGAUUUAUGACUGAGAUAACAAGAAAUUUCUUCACUUUGAGUUGUGAAUCUUUAGAAUUCUCUACCCAAGAGGAUUGCAGAUGUUCCAUCCAUGAAUAUGCUUAGGCCUGAGAGAGUCCAAUUUUUGAUGUCUGAUGAAUCCAGGGAUAUGGGAAUCAGAAGGAAAAUGGAGUUGAAACUGUGGUUCUGUUAAAUGGAGGGACAAACUUGAGUAGCUCUACUCUUGCUUCUAUCUUUUCUUCUGUAAAAAAAAUUACAAUGUCCCUUUAUUUUCAUGGUUUUAUCUAUUUUUUUUAAUCUUUGUGACUAUGUCAGGUCAAAUAUCUGUCCUUUUUACACUAACCAUAACAGACCUCAAACAAAUUUCAUUAAUUUUUCAAGUCUGGAAAUGUUAAUGCUUAUAACAUCCUAGUGACUACACAACUUCCAUUGUUUUUCUAUCCGUUCUGGGGUUUCCAACGUUCCCUACAGUAUCCUGACAGCAGUGUGGUUAAAACAGGGAAUUUGACUUUCUUCUCUCAGCUGGGAGGAGUAGUGGAGCAGUGAAAAUAAAAGGGCUCCAGUUUCUUCUACAUUCAUGCUGAUUUCUGAUUUUAACACCAUCGGUUAUGAUGGCAAUUGAGGUUCCUCUUGGAUAUGGGCAGGACCCUGGUGCAUAAUUCCAAGCAGGAGAUCAGAGUUGUCAGGACACCCUGUGGCUUUUAAUGGCCCACUGACCUAGUCUAGAGCCAACAUGAGAAGUGUUCUUCAAUGAUCUGUGAUGAUCCACUUUUCUUAAAACACCCACUCCAAUAACAUGAUACACACUGCCAAACAGCCCCCUCUAUCACAAAGUACGUGGACUGGAGAAGCUCCCUGUCCUGCCAUCAAUGGCGUCAGGCCAAGAGAAUUUCACCUGCCUUUUUCCAAUGUAGCUGCUACUUUCCACCCUUAUCAGGGGGCCAACUAACCCUUGGGAGUUAAAAUACUCUCAAUGCACCCGAUAAUUACUGAAGUUAAUCUGGACUGUCAAAAUCCUAUUUAUGUAUUACCUCUUUACUUCUGUAUUCUGUGCCUCUAAAUGUAAAACCAAGGAUUACACUUGACAUUUUUUAUGGCCUUACUUAACUGCACAAAUACCAUUAAUGACUUGUAUAUCUGUACCUCAAAGUCUUUCUACUUA